UUAGUUUCCUACUAUUCAUAAUAGUGGUAUUGAUAUGAAACAAUUGAAUGCAUAUAUAGCAGCAUAUUUUAUAGGAGCUAAUUAGUUAUGGGUGUAAAACAACUUUUUAUAUACAUAUAUACAUGUAUAUCUUUUGUAGAUGGUUAGGAUAGGACCAGACACUUCAAAAAGACUGCCCAGACAUCUUAGAAAUGAAGAUAUACCAACACAUACCUUUACACCACCUACCUAUCAAGUGGAACUUCUUGAUGCAGCAUUACACAGGAAUACCAUUGUGUGUCUGGGAGCAAGUUCUGGUAAAAUGUUCCUGGCUGUCAUGGUACUUCGUGAAUCGUCCUACCAGCUCAGAAAACCCUUGAAAGAAGGAGGCAAAAGAAGUGUGUACCUAACUGAUAAUGAAACAUUUGUUGAUCAGCAGGUUCAAAUAAUACAGCACCAUACAGACCUUCAGGUCAGUCAGCAUUUGAAUAAAGAUAGCAUAGAAACCAUGACAACAGAAAAAUGGCAAGAUCUCAUAAAAUCGAAUCAUAUCCUAUUUCUGUCAUCACAUGUUUUGAAUUAUGUUUUGCAAGAAGACAUUUUACAUCCAUCAGAAGUUAAUGUAUUAAUUUUUGAAGACUGUCAUGUCGUUAAUAAAGAUCCUGUUUAUGCUCAAAUUUUACAAAAGAUGAAUGACACCUCAUUGGAAUGUAAACCAAGAAUUCUAGGACUAACAUCAUCAGUGACAGCCACACGCUGUCAAAAUCCAGCUGAUCUAGAAUCAACAAUAUCAACACUGGAAACAAAACUAGAUGCUGUUGCAGAAACCUCAACUCUGAUUAUGUCCCAGAGAUAUGGAAUAUGGCCAAAAGAACAAAUUAUCACAUGUGAAAAGUAUGAAGAUACAACUGGUUUAGUGGAUCAGCUUGAAAAUAUACUACUUGAUGCUCUGGAAUUUCUGGAAGAUUUCAAAAUUAAAGAAGAUGAAGAAAAUGAAAAUAAAGUAAGCAAUGAUCCAUGUCAAAUCUCAAAAACUGUCGUAUGUGAAUGUCUUAAUAUUUUGUAUAAACUUGGUCCUUGGUGUGCUGCUAGUAUAGCACAGAUGUUUCUUACUCAACUUGAAAAAAUGGAAAAACAAGAAACGGAAAUAUUAGCUAAAAAGUUUUUAAGAUUUAGUUCAACACAGUUAAGAAUGCUUAACACUGUAUUUGAAAAUAACUUUACUCCAGAUUAUAAUGUUGAUGCGUUGCUUUUAUAUGCAUCUCCAAAAGUACGAGAGCUUGUGAACCAUUUGAAGAAUUAUAAGCCAGACUACGACUUUAUGAUAAUAAGCAGCGAGGAUAUGGAUGGAAUGAUGGGAGAUAAUGAAUCUGACAUGUCUGAUGAUUCUGAAUUCGAUGAUUCUGAGAAUGAAGAUGAUAAUAAAAGAUCCAAUGUAAUUCAUGUAGCAAUUAAAAAGGAAGGAUCAGAGGAUAGUACCAAAAAGGCAUCAGAUCCAUUUUCUGUUGAUGCAGAGAAAUAUCUGUGUGGUAUUGUCUUUGUGGAUCAUAGAUUUGUAGCAAUAGCACUGAACAAGAUGAUGGAGGAAGUUUGUUCAUGGGAUGACAGUUUAUGUUUUGUCAAAUGCCAUCAAAUUACAGGCCAGAAAAAGAAAACUCUUAAAAAGGAUAUCAAUAAAAAACAAGAGGAUAUUUUAAGGAAAUUCAGACUUCAGGAGCUUAAUUUGUUAAUAGCAACAAGUUUCUUGGAAGACGGAAUUGAUGUUCCAAGAUGUAAUAUGAUUAUGAAAUUUGAUCCACCUAAAGAUUACAGGUCAUACAGUAGAUCUAAGGGUUUAGCGAGAGCUAAAGAUGCAGAGUAUCUUAUACUUAUCGAUGAUAAUAAGACAGAAACAUUCAAAGAAGAUCUACAGAUGUUUAAAGGUGUUGAAAAAGUUUUGAUUGGAUGGAGACAGAAUAAAGAAAGUGAAAAUGACCUUGAAAUAAUAGAAGAUGACUUAGAUUGUAUAGAGUUACUUCCCCCUUAUUAUCCCAACUCUGACAUGCCAUCCAUUCAAGUCAACUUAUGUAAUGCCAUAGCAUUAGUCAAUAGAUAUUGUGCCAAACUGCCUAGUGAUGCCUUUACACAUCUGACACCCAAGUGUCAUCUUAACAGUGUGAAAGUCAAUGGAGCCUUAAUGUACCAAGCUAAACUUAGAUUACCAAUCAAUUCACCUAUUAAACUACAAAUAACGAGUGAUUUUAUGCCAACUAAAAGUUUGGCCAAGAGAGCAGUUGCAUUGAAGAUGUGUGAAAACCUCCAUGAAGAAGGUGAAUUAGAUGACCAGCUUGCUCCUGUUGGGAAGGAAUUAUUUUCUUUGGAGGAAGAUGAUAAUAAUGAAUGGGAUGAUGAAGACUUGAUGGGAGAAGCUAGACCAGGAACUACAAAGAGGAAACAGUAUUACCUGAAAAAGACAGCCAAUAUACUGUUAAGAGGAUAUCCUGAGAAACAAAAGAAUAAUUUGUACUUACUGAAAAUGAAGCUGACAAAACCAAUCUCUGAUGAUCAGAAUACCAGAGGAAGAAAACUCAAUGAUCCAGAGGAGACCUCAAGGUCAUUUGGUCUGUUAACCUCAGUUACAAUUCCACAGGUCCCAGAAUUUCCUGUAUAUACCAGGUCAGGGGAAGUAACUGUUAGUAUAGAACUACUUACAUCUGAUGUCUUUUAUAGUCAUGAGGAGCUAGAAAGAUUAUCAAACUUCCACCGAUUUGUGUUCAGCAAUGUCUUACGACUAGAGAAAGAUCCUAUGAUUUUCUCUCCCAACCAAGCUGAGCUUGGUUACUUAAUUAUUCCUUUAGCAAAAGCUACACAAGAAAUUGCUGUUGAUUGGGAGUUUAUUGAAAAAGUAGAAAAGUAUAAGCUCCACGAGAGGAGAAACAUAUAUGAUACAGAAAGGGAACUUUUUGAAUUUACCAAAGAGGAUUAUGAAGAUGCUGUUGUAAUGCCAGGAUACAGGAAUAUUGAUCAGCCUCAACAUUUCUAUGUAGCUGAAAUCAGAAUGGAUCUCAACCCAGCAUCUCCGUUUCCAUCACCAGAACUAUAUAAAACUUUUGCUGAAUAUUAUAUAACCAAGUAUGGUUUAUCAAUUACAAAUUAUGAGCAACCAUUAUUGGAUGUUGAUCAUACUUCUGCUCGGCUCAAUUUAUUGACUCCACGAUAUUUGAAUCAAAAAGGUGUGGCUUUGCCAACAAGUAGUGCAGAGACAAAGAAAGCAAGACGUGAAAAUUUACAACAGAAGCAAAUUCUUAUUCCAGAAUUGUGUGAAAUCCAUGUAUUUCCAGCCUCAUUUUGGAGAAAGGCUGUUUGUUUACCAACAAUUCUUUACAGAAUGAACUGCUUAUUAGUGUCCGAGGAGCUUAGAAUUAUAAUUACAGAAGGUGCUAAUAUAGGACAAGCCUCAAUUCCUCAGGGAUUUAUCUAUGAUGCUUUGAGCUUCUCUUUUCUCAAAGAUGAAGAAACUGAUGAUAUUCCUCUGGACAUGAAUCCCUCCACUGAACAGUCUGAUGAUGAUGAAGUGGAUCAACCAGGGAAAAGUUUAGAAAAGUCUUUCAGUGGUAAUGGUUGUGAUAUUAAUAGUCAGGUGAAAGAUGAUUUUAAUCAUACUAAUGUUAUUAAUGUAGUUGAUGGAGAAACCUCAAAGUGCACAGAAACAUUCCAAGAUGUUGAUAAAUCUUUAGAAACCAAAGAAAAUACUGAUAAUUCUGUUGUAUCUGCAAAUGGCUGGCCAAAUGAUACAGACAUUCCACUCAUUCCAGAUAGUCAGUCAUCAAAUACUGUAUCGCCCUUAUCUUCAAACCCUGUACGAACUGCUGAAGUUUGUUGUGAAUUUGACAAAUUGGUGCUGUCAAAAUCUGAGAAUGAGAACAAUAUGAACAAAGAAAUCGAAAUACAAAUGAAUCAAUCACACAGUGAUUCUACUGAACAAAAUGGGAACAGUUCUACAGAACAAGUUAUAGAACAGGAUGUGUUCAAUCAAAAUGGGAACAGUUCUACAGAACAAGUUAUAGAACAAGAUGUGUUCAAUCAAAAUGGGAACAGUUCUACAGAACAAGUUAUAGAACAAGAUGUGUUCAAUCAAAAUGGGAUCAGUUCUACAGAACAAGUUAUAGAACAGGAUGUGUUCAAUCAGGUGGGACACUUUGGAGAAAAGCCAGUGAAGAAAAAGGAAGAAGACAUAGAAGUGACAGAAGAAGAGCUAAAUAAGCUGAUGUCAUUUGACACUGAUGUGGUGACUGGAGAUUUUAUAGGUCCUUCACCAUGUAUGAUUUUACAGGCCCUGACCAUGUCUAAUGCUAAUGACUUUUUUAGCCUUGAAAGAUUGGAGACAAUUGGUGAUUCAUUCCUUAAGUAUGCUAUCACUGUUUAUCUUUUCUGUACAUAUCCUGGAGUUCAUGAAGGAAAGCUAAGUUAUUUACGCAGCAAACAAGUUAGUAAUUGCAAUUUGUACAGACUUGGUAAAAAGAAAGGUUUAGCUGAAUGUAUGAUCUCAACAAAAUUUGAACCAUAUGAGAAUUGGUUACCACCUGGGUAUCUAAUUAAUGAAGAAAGGAGGAAAGGACCUGUGCCAAAAGUCUUAUUGGCAACAAAGGUAGAAAAAAUACCUGGAAGCAGUUCCACAGUGAACUUUUGUGACAUUAAAAUUGACAGUCAUCCACAUCAUUUAUCAAAUGGAUGGGACAAAUAUGUCCCUUGUUCAAAAGAGGAAAAUGAAUUUAAUAAAGAACUGAAGGAAAUUCAAGCCAAUGUUGAAGAGGAGGAUAGAUCUGAUUCAUCAGAUUGUUUGAUUCCCUACUGCUUACAGACUCUUCAUAGCUUGCCUGACAAGAGUAUAGCUGACUGUGUUGAGUCAUUGAUAGGUUGUUACCUCACAAGUUGUGGAAAGAAAGUGGCAUUGAGGUUCAUGUCAUGGUUGGGUCUCAGAGUUCUACCUCAGAAAAAAACUUUAGAGCAGACUGGUUGCAUAGACACACACGUAUUAUCAUGUCCUAGUUCUCCACUAUUUGAUGGGGAACCAGAUUCGGUCAGUCAGCUUCAACAUCUAUUGAUUGGUUUUGACAAGCUGGAGGAUAAAAUCCACUACCAUUUCAAAGACAGAUCAUAUCUACUACAGGCCUUUACUCAUGCUUCAUAUCAUUAUAACACAGUAACAGACUGUUACCAAAGGUUAGAAUUUUUAGGUGAUGCAAUAUUAGAUUAUGUGAUAACACGACAUCUGUACGAAGACUCUUGUAAAUAUUCACCCGGUGUACUUACUGACUUACGGUCAGCUCUAGUCAACAAUAAUAUAUUUGCUGCACUUGCUGUUAAAUGGGACUUCCAUAAGUUCUUCAAGGCAAUAUCUCCUCCGCUGUUCAAUGUAAUAGAAAAGUUUGUUACUAGGCAGAAGGAGAGAGAAGACGAGAUUGAUCUAGAAGAUGAGGAGGAAGAAGGAGACGAUGAAGUGAAAGUAGAACUAGAAGUUCCCAAAGCUUUAGGUGACAUAUUUGAAUCAUUGGCUGGUGCUAUAUACCUGGAUAGUGGGAUGUCUUUAGACACAGUUUGGAGGGUUUACUAUAGAAUUAUGAAACCACAAAUAGAAAAAUAUCUGAAGAGUAUUCCUAAGUCACCUGUCAGAGAACUUCUAGAGAUGGAGCCAGAGACAGCUAAAUUUGAGAAACCAGAGAGAACAUUAGAGGGAAAAAUCCGAGUAUCAGUGAAUGUUGUUAGCAAAGGGGUAUUUACUGGUGUUGGAAGAAAUUAUAGGAUUGCUAAAAGUGCUGCUGCCAAAAAAGCCUUACGAGGAAUAAAAACUAUGCAAGCUCAGGGACUGGUGCAAUAAAUAUCAUUGAUAAACCAAAAAAAUGUGCCAUAAUUUACUGUAGAUUCAUUUUUAAAAGUUAUCACUUUUUUUCUAAGACAUUGGAGAGAAAUUUAAGUCCUGAAUUAAAAUAUCAAAGGGAAAGUUAAUACUUAGUUCACAUGUGUGAGUGAGACAAAACAGAGUAAUUACUUAAUCAUGUGUGAGUGAGACAAAACAGAAUGAUUACUUAAUCAUGUUUGAGUGAGACAAAACAGAGUGAUUACUUAAUCAUGUUUAUAGGUUGUGUUUAUACUUAAAAGUUAUAAGACCUGAACAGUCAAUGUAUUUCUUGAUAUAUGUCUUUGAUUUAUGAAGUCUCCUUUUUGUUUAUACGUUAGUGACUUGUUGAAAUUUACCUCUUUUUUUCCUGUUAUUCGUUUUUUUGUGAAAGAUUAAACCAAGUCCCUUCAUAUGAGGAUAUGAUACAGUUAAUAUCCAUCAUUGAUUUUUUUCAAUUUUGAUAUGGACUUUUUUAAAUAUAAUAAAAUAUAUCUUCAUGAUUUACUUUCCAAGAUAUUUCAGUUUCAUUAUGGCAUAUUUAUGGAGAAAUAUCAGCAAUUUCAGAUUUGUGCAAUAUUGGAGGAAAACAUAAUGAAGAGAGAUAAUUUCUGUUGGAUUUCUAUAAAAAUAUUCCUUAGUUUGUAGAUGUUCAAGUUUUCUAACAUUUUAUAAAUAAAAAUAAGUUAAUCAAAUUAAACAAUUUAAAUUCGUACAAUUUGACACCAAAACACACACAGAAAAAAAUUUGCAUCUUAAAUUUCUGUUCAACUGAUAAAAAAUUCACAGAGGUCAUCGAUUUCAAUUUUGCUGUAAAAAUCAUCCAGUGUAUGUGUAAUAUCUGAAAAUGUUGAAAAGUAAGUAACUACAAAUCACACCUUCCUGAAAUUUGGUAGCAAUCUUCCUGAGAGCAUGCUUUACUGUAUGAUGUAUUUUCAAUACCAAAUAUUUAUAUAUUCUUACUCAUAAUUGGCAUUAAUGAAAGUUUCGUCACAGUUUUCCCAGGAUCUAUGAAUCGUAGCUAGGAUCAAGCUCCCUGUGAGCAUGUUAAACUUUCAUAUCCAUCACUUAUCUAAGUCAUGUUUACUGAAUACUUAUAGCAUAGGUUGAUAGUGAGCAGUAGUUCACAGUUCAACUUUUUGUUUAUUUUUAUAAUGUCAUCUUGUUACAUUUUUCUCAUUGAUAAAUAUGCAGUAAGUUAUAAUAAAACACUUAUGAAAGGCUUGUCUGGAACAUUACUCUUGUUAAUCAUUGUAAUUAGAAUUAUUUAAAUUCAUUGACUAUCUCAUUUGCUGGGACACAUGCUGAAUUUGGUCAUUGCUAUUGCAAAGUUUUCCUGACUUAGGAACUUGAGACAUAUAUAAGCAAAAUUUACAAAAGACAGUACCUAUUUUGUGUAUCACCUUCUCUUACAAUUUUCAAACAAAAUCCUUUAAACUGCACAGAAUGGUUGCAAAAAUAUUGAAGUUGUGCACUUGUAUUAUGGAAUUGUUCGAGGAUUUUUUUUCAUUUUCCCAGAGAUGGGAUCAAAAUUUUACAAGCUGAUACCAAUUUUCAUUUUCGACUUUGAACUUCACAGAAAGUUUGCAAACGUAUUGAGGUUGUUCACCUCUCAUUAUGGAGUUGUAUAAUGUUUUAACCAUUGUUUAUAUAUUACAUUUCCAUAUAUUCAAAUUCAGUAAAGAAGAUUCUUCAUUGUUUAAAAAGCAUUCUGUGCCACCCUGCCAUUAGAGUCUUUGCUAUGUUUUUCUCUCUGUUUUAAAUGGUUCCUCACAGAUUAUUACCUGGUAUAGAACUUGUAGUAACACUUUAUUGUACUUCAUUAAUUGUCAUGUGAACAACUUGUGAAAUGACUAAUUUUGAUUUUCUAUAAUUUUAGUUGAAGAUUUGUAAGUGAAAUAAUUUCAUGAAGUAUAAUUUGCCAAAUGUUUAUUUGAACACAGGAGUUGUUUCUACCAUCUAUGGUUUCAUUGAUUAUUUAAAGUCCAGUGGUCUGGUUUCAUUGAUUAAUUGAUUAUUUAAAGUCCAGUGGUCUGUGGUUUCAUUGAUUAAUUGAUUAUUUAAUGUCCAGUGGUCAGUGGUUUCAUUUAAAAUGCUCACAUAAACACUAUAUUGCGUUACUUUUUUUAAAAUUUGGAUACCUUAUAAAAUAAAAGUUAUGUUAUCCUAAACUACCAAUUUAUACCCCGGUGACUUAAGUUAAACUUUACCUCCUAGUUCAGUGUUUGGAUACUAAGUGACCUAAAAUUAUAAAGCUUGGUGCAAAAAUGCAUCUAGAUGGAUGUAACAGUCUCCAAACUAAAGUGGGUUAUAUUUAAUGCGCCAGUUCAGUUCUCAUUUACCACAAGCAACAUGCAGUCAGUAUCCUAGUUCUGAAUUAAAACGUCAAUGAAAUAUUAGCCACUGGACAUUGAACAAACAUCAGACAAGCAAUCAAUUAACAACAGCUUCCCUUUAAAAUUAAGUCAUUCUGACCAACAAUGUAGACUUCUCUGAUGAAUUUACAUAGUUUAUAUCCCAGUAACCUAUCCUGCAGCUUUCUUGAUGCAUGUUAUGAGAUCAAAGACUUGUCAAAAUGUUUUUCAGUUUUUACAAUAAAUUGGGGUAAAGUUUUUAUCGUGUCUACUAUUUUUUUUUUUAAAUAACCAUUGAAAAUGCAAGAAAAGGUUUUUGACCAAGGUUUUUUUUAUAAUUUUGUACUGUUUUGAAAACCAUAUUUUUUUGGAGUAUGAUUUAUCUUUAAAUGAUGUAACCACAUAAGCUAUUGUUUCAUGUCAUUAUAGACAGCAUGUAUGUAUUACAGACGAAUGUAUUUAGUAGUUUUCUUUUGAAAGAUUUGUACUGAAAAUUUUAAUGGAAAUAUAUUUUGAUGAAUUUUGUUAGUUUUUUGUGAAAUAUUUUUGAGGAUUAUCGAGUACACAGUUUUGAGAAAUGUUAUUUUAUUUAAAUUCCAUCAGAUUUGAUGAUUUCUUUAAAGUAAAAUAUGAUUAGAUGAAGUUGAAAGGAAUGGACAAUGACCAUAAAAUAAAAUUAUAGAUAAAAAGUAAAAAUGAAAGAGGGUUUAUUCUUAUAGUAUCUGAGAGUAUAUCCUUACUAGUACAAAAUGUAUCAUUAAAUAUUUCUAAUUGUUUAUUGUAUUGGUGCUACUUAAAAUGUAAUGAAAAGAAAGUAGAAAAUACACUAUAAAUGUUUAUGUUUUCAAUGUUACUUAAUCAUUAGAUUUCAAACUUAUUUUCUCCUGUAUUUUAUAAGAGUUAAAAGUUUUGAUUCUUAGUUUUAAGGUAUCAUGACCAUAUCACAUGAUUAUUUUAAACGACUCAGAUGUACGAUGCAAAGCAUGAAUAGUUUAGGAUCAUUCAAAAAGUUCUGAAACAAUAUUCAUCUUGUAAAUUUCUUGGAUUGAGUCAUACAUUCAGACAGUUUUUACUAUUUGUCUUAUUCAGGAACAUUAAAUCUGGCAAAAAUACAGAUUUUAUAAAUUAUGAUUUGAAUAAUGGUUUUCAAAAACAGUAAAAAUUUUACCACUAGUUUGGUUAUGGUCCUGUGAUCAGUUUCACAAACGUUUUAGGACUAAAGUAGGUAUACUGAAUAGUUCAUGACUUACAAUCAACUUUAGUUGUAAGAUUUUUUGUGAAACUGAUCACUUAUUCUUUAAAAUUUCUCAUAAAAAUGAAACUAAAAAACUUUUGUAUGACAACAUCACAAUAAUUAACCAAUCACAAUUAAAAAUUUGUUCAUAAAUUAAUUAAUAAAAAAGUGAUAGAAAAAUAAAAAAAUAAAUGAAUAAAAAAAAAAAGUUUUGGAGGCACUGUUUUCUAGAUAAUGAAAUGGAUAAUGGACAACCAAAUGAAAAAACAUCUAAUGGUGGCUACAAAUUCAAUUAUUUUUCAUUAAAACCUAGGAACAAAAAUGUCUAAUGAAUUUUAGUUUUGAAUAUUCAUAUAUAUUUUUUCACUACUGACUGAUUCUUAGACAGAUUGGCACUUAAUUAUAAUAUUAUCUGUGGCAAUUACUUGACUAUUUAAAAAAAAUGAUGGUUUAUUUUCAUUCCAGUUUAUUGAAUGUGAUAUUUAGUCAAAAUAAACUGUAUUUGCUGGUCA